GCGCGAAAACAAACACAGCAGAAAUCAUAACAAACCCUUUUAAGCCAGUAAAAAUGCUUUCUAACUUCAGCAAACCCGUAUGGGUGGGUCUAACGGAGAUAAUCAGGAAUGAGUACAAGACCGGGGCUGAGUCGCGAGUUCAUUCACUUUUACUCUACACAUAACACAGGAAGAGUUAUCAAAGGAUAUAACGACAAGGAGAACAACACUUCUUUGGAUCCCUUUGUUCUUGCGCAAAUAUUUGUUACUAUUAUCUUUACACUUAUUGUCUUAUUAUUCCUCUGUGGUUGCUGCUGUGUUGCCCGUCAGCUGAUUUGGAGGCGUCUUGAGAGAAACGUGAAUACGAAUCCCUCGCGGCCUGCUGGCCUGUUGACCAACGUGAAUGCGAAUCCAUCUCAGCCUGCAGGCCUGUUGAGAAUCGUAAAUGCGAAUCCCCCUCCGCCUGCUGGCCUGUUGACCAACGUGAGUUCGAAUCCUUCUCUGCUCGUAACCCCGUGGAAUAACAUAGAUCCGAUUCUCCCUUCGCCUGUACAGCCCACAGCACCUCCAAUGCUCCAGCAAAACUUCCGAACACCUGUUGAUGACCGAACGCCUAUUGGUGACAGUGAUGUCCCCCCUGACUAUUCAGCAGUUGCAGAACAAAAGACUACGACAGCUAUCGUUAGUGAUAACUUAAAUCGUUAUCCAAAGGUGGUUGGAGGAAAAAAGGUGGAAACACCUCCUCCAGAUUAUAUGACAGUGGCGCCUUUCAAGUGAAGCAAGUUCAUCCAUAGAAUUGGCGAAUCUUUUUGAUAUUGGCCUAGCUAAUAUCAAUGGCUUGCUUUUAAGCGCCGUAAUGCUUUAUGGCUGUUCGUUUCCUUAGUGAUAUUUCGUAUUUAAAAGUGAUAUGAAAGGACAUUUUGUCCUCAUGGUUCUCACUGGAUUCUGAUAUUCUCUUUGGCGCAGCAAGGAUAAAUUCCUUGUGGGCCAAAAUAUCCAGGGGAUUCGACCUCCUAGUCUUAUUUGGUUGGAACUGUUUUUUACUGUGAUUUUGAUUAGAAUGAUUAAGUCCUAAAUUGAGAUAGAUAUUGUAUCGCUUAUUAUUUAUUUUACUUUCAAGUCUUAAAAAUUGACUGUGAUAAUUCAUGAGAUUAUUUAAAUUGCCAAAGUAAUAUUAUAUAUAUUUAUAUAUAUAUUUGAAAAGUUAUUUUUAUAUGUACUUAAUAAAAUUCAAAGUGUUUAAGAAUUCAAUCACAAAAAUCAUUUAAAAUAUGAUAAGUUUGAUUGAUUUUAAAGAAAUACAGUGAGGCCUAAAUUCAACGGAUAAAGAAAAAUAAUCCAAAUACUUCUUAGACUAGGAUUAGGAAAAAAGGAUAUAAUCUAGAAUACUUCCUACUUUAGUACUACUGCACUAAUCUAUACUUAUAAAAAGCUCAAUGUGUGUGUGUGUAUGGUGGCGCUCUACAGAAAAGACCAUUUGACCUACAGCUACCAAAUUUGGUACGUGUAUACCUUGGAGGUCGGGAAUGUGCACCUCCCUUUUUUUGAAAUUUUAAUUAUUAAUUAAAAACUAACUUUCACGCUAAAAAAAUCUUCAUUUUCCCCGCCGCCAACUGAAUACGGCUUCAGGAUUUUUUUCCCACGCUAAUGAGGCUUAGGCUUAACAUUUUUCGGCCGAUUAUUUCAAAUGAUUCUGUUUAUUUUCUUAAUGUUUGAUACAUUUAAAAUUAAACGUUGUUAAUGAAUCGAUCUUUCAGAUUCAUUCUGAAGUACUUUUGAAUUAAAAUAAAACAGAAUAAAGGAAAUUAAACAUUUCUAAUCUGCCUAGCGUUACCCCAACUGCCGUAAAAAAAUUAACGCAUUUGCGUUACCGUAACUGGCGUCACGCAUGCGCAUUGUGUUCUGAUUGUUUACAUCUAUUUUCAACGGAAGCGGACUUGAUUUAAAUUAUUUUUAAGUUAGUUGUAUGCUUUUGUAAUUAAAUUGCAUUUUUUUACCUGUUUUCGACCGAUUAUUUUAAACGAUUCUGUUUAUUUUCUUAGUGUUUGAUGCAUUUAAAAUGAAACAUUGUUAAUGAAUAGACCUGCUCAUGAUGAAUCUGAAAAAAUUUUGUUGACAAAUUCUUGAGAUAUUACAUAAAUUAAGAAAGAUAUUCUUUAGUGCCCAUAAGGUUUAAAUGCUCAGUGAUUCUGUUUUCUGUAAUCAUAUUACAAAAAAAAUUGCAUUGUUUCAGUAAAAAAUAUUAUAUUAAUUGCAAAUUAAUCAUUUUCACUUUAAUUUAAAGCAUAAAUUCUACGCGAGCUAACUGAAAAUUAGAGAUACAGAUUAAGUUAUGACUGAAGGCUCUUAUAAUAUUAUGAGUGAAUUGAAAUUUGAAGUUUUAAAAUAUUUUAUUGAAGAAGCUAUUGAAGUAGGAAAUACAUUAAAUAUUUAAUUAUUAAAAUUUUUACGAGCAUUAAGAUUGGCGAACCAGCUGCUCGCCAAAGGCGGCUAGUUUGAAAUAAAUGCAUUUAUUUCCAAACCAUUUAAGUGUUUUAAAAAAUUAUCCUCACUUUAUUAAAAUUGAGAAAAGUUCUAUUAAAUUUAAAUAUAGAAGCAAGCAUCUUUGUAAUUAAACAAAAACACAUGAAUACACAAAUUAAAUAAAAUAAUUAUUACAAACUGUAAUUAAACAAAAUGUAAACAAAUGUUUAAUUAAACAAAAACAUACGAAACACUUUCAGAUAAAAUUUCUUUGAAAAUCAUUAUUCGUAUAGAGUAAUUUAGAGUUUAUUAAAAUUCCAUAAAAUUUUAAAAUUGAAGGAAGUAUCUUUAUUCUUAAACAUAACUUUAUUUCCCAUCCUUUAAAAUGAAUGAUGCAUUUAAUUUGAAUUGGAGAUUAUUAUUCUGUAUAUGUUUGUAAGCUGUUAUGUUGUUUGUAUGCACUUACGUUUAAGAGCAGCUGAACUUGCUAUAUAGGAUACCAACAUAUUGAUUUUGAUAGAAAAAAAAAUGUUAAGAUGAUUUUAUUUCAAAAUUAAUUUGCAUUAUAUUUGAUUCAGUUUUGUUUGGCAGGCUACGCUUUAUGGAAUACUUUUAAAUAAUGAAUUAUAAUUAGUUCUUAGCUCAUAACUGCGUAUAUAUGUAUAUAUAUAUAUGCUGUAUAGUAUUUAUUCUUGAUUUAUUAGGAUGUAUUUUUAUUUUUUAAAUUAUAUGAUAUCAUAUGUAAAAUUUAUUUAAAUCAAAAUCUCUUAUACGAUGCCAAAUGAAUUAAUGUUUAAUUAUUUAAAAUUUUUGUCUGAUCUUUUUGAUUUUAAACAUCUCAAUAAAAAAAAAUUCAAAAAAUUAAAAUUUGCAAGACAGCUACUAUAUGAAGUACAGUAAAUUUCCGAUUAUUCGUGAAAUGCGGCAAACGAAAAUAAUCCGAUAAAGGACUAAUAAAGAAUACACAUAAAAACGAAAAUGCGUUUGAACAAUUUUUAUUUAAAUAGGGGGCUUACUCCUAAAAUUAUGAAUUAAUGAAUAACAGACUUCUGUGCCUACAAAUUUGUUGGUUUAUUUUUUUAUAUAAAAAAAAUGUGUCAUUUAUUUUUGUGUCACAAACGUGGCUUACAACAACAUUUUUAUAUGGGUCAAGCUGCCUUUUCGACCCAUUUAUGAUGUGAUUUGUGUCACUGGAAUAUUGUAUAGUUCUUAAUGUAGCCAUUUGCCACAUUUGAAUUAUUUUUUUUUUUUAAUUUCAAGGGGAAAAAAAUGUAAACACUUAAAGAAUUUUCUUAAAUUAUAUGUAGUUACUCAAACAUAUUUUUUGUAAGAAAUAAAAAUUUAUGCAUUGAUUAAAAUUUUCAUUAAAAUUUCAAAUAAAAUGCUCCAGGGAGCACAUUUUUGCCAUCCAAACUACAUCUGUUCUAGAUUUGGUUAACUCUAGGUCUGAUGAUCAAUCUUAUAGAGCGCCAACACAGACAUGCACUCUCUCCUUUAUUAUUGGUGAAGAUUGAAAUUUUACCCAAUAUAAUUUGGGGGUUAAGAAUCAUGGAUUAUACAAGAAGCAAAAUAUCCAUCUACAGAUAAUCGAGAGUUUACAGUGUGUCAAAAAGUUAUUGUUUGUGAGCUAUUGAGAAGAGAGAAUAUGUGCAUUAAUAGGAAAA